GCAACAUGACGCUGCGUCAUCGUGCCAAGAGGAGAUGAGUUCAUGUAUCGAUACUCACCCUGAACUAGAAGGUAUGGAAAGACUCUACAAUGCAGUAUACGAAGACGCCUGCAAGGACGCGAACAUGAAACUACUCAAAUCAUCUGUCCGAAUGGGUGCGUGCAGUCCGCUCCCACUCAUCGCGGCAUGCCUGCGGAAACAAAUGGACCAGUUUGAGACUUCCACAGAGGAUGCCAAGAGCAGCUGCGAUGACCUUCGAGCUACACUCACCAGCUGCCUCACAAUGCCAGGAGAUCCGUGCCAGAAGAACAAGAAACGCCCCACGUAUUCCAAGAAAACGCUGGCGACCCUGGUGGAGAUCAAGGGCUGCAAUUCCAACGAAGGGAACCCGCCCGUGCAAGGCGACGAGCCGCCGCAAACCCAUGCCACUGCUGAUAGCAACUCGUGCUCGUACAAGCAACUCAAACGGUGCCACGAAAAACAGAUCAACGACAUCCGGAAGACGAUGACAAGAAUCCUCGCCAAGGGACUGCUUCCCGACGACGACUUCACCAUGGCGAUAUGCAGAAAGAGACGAGAGACUUGCUACCAGCACAGUACACUAGAGCCCUGCUCCGAGCGUGAGCGAAACGCCAUCCGAAAGCUAGAGGAGUCGAUGAACGAGGCGCAGCAACUGCUCUGCCGAGACGACAGGGCUCUCAUUAAAAACCUGAUGCUCAGCUACAAGUGGUGGAAGGUCGACUCCUUUGUAAAGUGCUCGACUGACGUCCAAGAGCACUACAUCACGGAUUACCUUUACGCCACAGCGAGGAUCCACAGUGACUGCGGAAGGGUGAGGGCCCGGCUGUUUCGCUGCUUGAACGAGAGCUACUCCUCUGCCGACGAGGCUGACCCUAAACCCGACGUUGACGGCGCCGGUAAGAUUUUGGGUAUCUUCGUGGACAGGAUGUGGUGCGUGGACGAGCAAGAUCUGCCCCAAGGCUCCGGUGGUGGCGCAGCGAGCGGCUCCGAUAGCAACGACGCUGCUGACGAAGACGAUCCGACAGAUGAGCCUGCUGUCACAGUGACCGAAACCGCCGGCUCUGCGAUUCCCAUGGUGUCUGGAAAAACGGACAAUGGCGUCAGCUCCCCAAAUACUCCAGCGCCUGUUCUUGUCGGUUUGGCCUCAGUCACCCUGCUGUUUACCGUACUCUCCCAGUAGAUGGAGCUUCACGAAAGAUCCAGCGAGUGAUGUGCUCAAGUCAAAACAUUUGACCAGUGGAC